AAAUAGAGUGACACUAAAUAUUCACGUAUUUCCGGCCAGCUCAGCGUACAGAGGGCUGUGAAGCUGUAAUCCCUACAUAUACAUUUUGUACAGCUGUUUUAUCUGUUCCGCGUACAUCGCCUUUUAAUCUCAUUUUUGGCAAAAUGGUGCUGCUGACAAUGAUCGCCCGGCUGGCGGAUGGACUGCCGCUGGCCGCUUCAAUGCAGGAGGACGAGCAGAUGGGCAGAGACCUCCAGCAAUAUCAGAGCCAAGCAAAACAGCUCUUCCGCAAGCUGAACGAACAGAGUCCCACCCGAUGCACCCUAGAGGCUGGUUCAAUGGCCUUUCACUAUUUCAUAGAUAGUGGAGUUUGCUAUCUGGUGCUAUGUGAAGCUGGGUUUCCAAAGAAGCUAGCCUUUGCUUAUCUGGAAGACCUACAAGCAGAGUUUCAUGAACAACAUGGGAAGAAGGUGACCACGGUCUCCAGGCCCUACUCCUUUAUAGAGUUUGAUACGUAUAUUCAGAAGACCAAAAAGUCAUACAUUGACAGCAGAGCACGCAGAAACAUGAGCAACAUUAACACAGAGCUGCAGGAUGUCCAAAGGAUCAUGGUGGCCAACAUAGAAGAAGUUCUGCAGAGAGGAGAAGCCUUAUCUGCGUUGGACUCUAAGGCCAGCAACCUCUCCAGCCUGUCUAAGAAAUACAGGAGCGAUGCAAAGUACCUGAAUACGCGCUCCACGUACGCUAAGCUAGCUGCGGGCGGAGUCUUCUUCAUCAUGCUCAUCGUAUAUGUGCGCUUCUGGUGGCUGUGAGUGUAUAAGAUGUGUGGAGGAGCUCUUGAGAAAGUUACAGUUGAAGAGCAGACAGACUGUCAAGCGACAACAAGCUCACAUUGUGUUUUAAAGUGCCGGGCCUGUUCUUAAAGACUGUGGGACACGGCACUUUCCUUCCUUACCUGGCCGUUGUGUCCCUAACCUGAUUCUCAAUGAUCUUUGUUUUAAGAACUACACAGAAGUUCGUCUGCGAUUGCUUGGAGUGAGUAAUGGAUGUGUGUGAAUGAAAAGAGGGUAAAAGGCGUGGUUUGUCUGUAUGACUGUGUAAAAAAUCGUAUAUACUGUACAGCUGAAGCAUAGAGCAACAAACCCUGGAGUUAAUGGUUCAAUGGCAUACGUAUUUUAAUUUAGAUUUGUUAAUUCAGCACAUUGGGGAUUUGAGAGUGGGUGGCUACCACUUCCACUGAACGCUUAACGCUCUGUUCUUCCAGACAGUGGUUUAGGAGAGUUUGACUAUUUUCUGGCCUUUAAAGAUAUAGAGAAACGUUUUAUUUAUAAGUCUUUUGAAUGAAAUAGCGUUAUUUCUAGAAAAAAAAAUCCACAGCAUUUAGAAAAUGUUGAUCAAAGUUGCAAAACACACAGUGCUUAGACUGCAGUGAAGAGAUUUACAGUCGUGUUAAUUUACUCAAUAUCUAUAAAAUAAGCAUCAUUGAGAGUGGUGGCCUGCUACUUUUUAUAAGCAGCAGCUAUCUGGGUCAAAUUUUGUCAAACAAGCUUAUCUAUGUCUAUAGAACUUACCCUUACACAAUUGCAAGCAUUUUACUUGGUGUCCUUUUGCUUCCUUUAUCAGAGUUUACAUUAGUAUUUUACAUACAGUGAAGAACUAAACACUUAAUAUCCGACCAGUCAUCCAUGUGCACACAUACAUUUCAUUUCAUGAGACAGAAAUGCAUUCUAAUCAGAAGAGCAAUCAUUCGGCUCUUCAAGCCUCCUGUAAAAAUAAAGUUAUUCAAACUCA